AAUUGAUAUUGCUGGUUCUCUUGUUAUUGCAUGGUCAUUAUUCGGUAUUGCUGCUGGCCAAGAAGAUCCCUUUAUUCAUUGGUCUGCUAUUGCUAUUGGCGCCGGUUCAACACUGUACAUCCUUAAACCUUUCGUCUUUAAAUACUUCCUCCAUCGACCAACAGGUGAAAAUGAAUCUUUGUUGCCGGAACAUAGGC